UAAUUAUAUUAUUACCUAUUUUGCAUGAACUAUUUCCUUUUUAUAUUCUUUGACCGGAAAAAAAAUAUAAUUGUACAAAAUUGCCCCAAAUCAAAUGCCUAAAAUACCAAAACCCUAGAAUUCUUUUAUGUGUUGUUCCCUCCCUUACCAACACUCCCCAAAAGACCCUCUGCCUUCUCUCUCUCCCCUUCGUUCUCCCCUUAAUAUUUUCUUUAUCUCUCUCCCCAUAAAUUUGCAGCUUUUUUUUUGGGAAAAGAUUAAUGGAGGUGGAGAAGCUUUGCUCUGUUGUUACUGUACAGAACAUGAUUUGCUGUUCUCAGAAAUCUCUUCUUUUGCUUCUUUUGGUGUGUGGGACUGUGCUUAGUGAUAUCAAUGUAUUUCCAUCUCUGUUAGAGACCGACAAGAGAUUCCCAUUUGGCGACCUUAAGAAAGCUACACAGUCUGCUGACGAAAACAAAGAUGCUGGUGAAAGUGACGAUGACGAUGAUGAUGAUGACAAGGAUGAUGAUGUUGAUGACGUUGAUAAUGAUGAUGACAAUGGUGCUGAAGGAGGAGAUUCUGAUGACGAGGUUCAUGCUAAUGGUGAUGUCGGAGGUAUUAGUGAUGGUGAUAGUGAUGACGAUGACGAUGAUGAUGAUGACGACGAGGAUGAUGAUGACGAGGAUGAUGACGAUGAUGAUGAUGAUGAUGAUGACGACGAGGAUGAUGAUGAAGAUGAUGAUGGUGACAGUGAUGACGAAGAAGAUCAACGACCGAUGAAGAAGAAGAAGUGAAAGUACAUUUAAGUUUGUUUCAGUCAAGAAAUUUUGAGAUUCUAUUUUAUUUCAAAUUUUUUUCGUAAAGAACGAUUUUUUUUUUUUUUUUUUUUAAUGGUUACGGACCACAAUUAAGUAAGUGUUGAUUCUAUUAUCUUAACAUUAUAUAAUUAGAUGUUUUUUUGUUA